CGGCUUGUUGUAUCAGAGUCUUGAUAUAUCCAAUUAAUAACUACACGUUGGAAUUUCGGACUUGUCUACUUAGGCAUUAAUGUUGCCUACAUACCUCUGUUAGAGUGUUCCUGCUUGUCACACUCGUGUUCACAUUCUGCUGGCUUGGAAUAGACCAUCAUGGCGGCGUCCGAGUCGAUAGUCAAACCGACUCUCUUAUUAUCGAGGAUAGUCUCGCGGGAGAUAAGAGAAUAUAGCAACUGUACUCGAGGGGCAGAUGGCUUCAUCGACCCAAAUAGUUGUUAUGUCCCCUUUUGGUACACAAGAUGGCUCGUCGCCCGCGACGACCCUCGCUACCCUGAUCCCCAAACAACCUUCCGGCCUUACGGCAACCCUGCUGUUCUUACCAGACCCGGAAGCCAACAACAACAACAGCCCUACGGAAACUACGGAAUGUACCCAGUUCCCCCACCAGUCUAUGACCCCGACGCUCCUCGUCCCCCGAUGUACCCGGGACCUCCACCGACCAUGGCCAUGGCUAUGGCGCAGCCGCCGGAUGGAGCGACGAAGGUGGAUCCUAUGCAACAGGCGCCAGUGCUACCGCCGGUGUCAACAACAGUGCCACCAACCUCUGGAACUGGCGGCGAUGGCAACGAGCGAUAUGAAGCGCCGCCUGGACCACCACCGUCGAUACAAGCACAGGCGCAGACACAGGCACCGGCGCCGAUAAGGCAGCAGGGAACGGGUGGAACGAAUCCUUUUCGUGAUUGA